CAACGCCAUGCAAAAAUGUCCAGCAAAUCUAAAAAAAGGGUGAGUACAUCAGAAGACUCAAGCUCAAGUAGCAGUAGUGAUAGUUCAUCUUCAUCAUCAUCUGGAAGUGAUUCAAGUAGUUCUGAUUCUGAAAGUUCACAAGCUUCAGCUAACAAGCCAUCAGUUAAAAAAAAGUUAAAUAGAACACGAGUGUCUAGCACCAAUUCUAGUUCUGAUUCUGGCCCCAAAAAAGAAAAUCUUGUGAAAAAAGAUGAACCCAAGAAAAAACAAAAUGCAGCAACAAGGACAAAGCAAACCCUACCCCCGAAAAAAGGAGCCGCUGCAGUGCCUACAAAACCUCCCAAGAAACCCCCUGCUAAGAACAGCACACCAGUCAAAAAGCAACCUCAACCAAGUUCAAGUGCAAAUGUUUCUGAAGCAAGCAACAAAAGUCCUAAAUUACAGCAAAAAAUGAGGAGUAUUUUCAGCCCAGAAAAUAGCAGCAUGAGCAGUGACAGUGAGGCUACUCCAAACCCCAAGAAAAGUACAGUGUUGCAGUCAUCUGAAGUGUCUGAUUCAGAUACAGAAUCUGGAAACCAGGUCAACCAAUCCAAGUCAAAAGGUCCCCGUGCAAGAGUUCAACCCAGACCAGCAGCUAGGAAGUCAUCUGAUAGUGAAGGAGAGAAUAAAACACAAGGAAAACAACCCGCGAGGAAAUUAACAAGAUCCUCCAGUGCCCGGAUAAGAAAGAGUAAACAUGUCAUCGGUAAGGUUUCCGAUUCGGAUUCCGAACCUGAAGUGCCAGUUAGUAAUAAAUCCAGUGGUGCGACGGCGAAACGGAAGCCAGCUGCAGCAAAAGGUAAAUCUGCCUCAGCUGCAAAUCGCAAACUGCAACCCAAAGAAAUAAGUAGCUACAGUGGUAGCGCUCCUUCAUCUCAAGAAAGCUGUAACACCCCAACCAUGGAAGAGAGAAAGUGCCCAAUGGCUGGAUGCGAUUCUUCAGGGCAUCUGAAUGGGAAGACCGACCGCCACCUAAGUUUACAAGCCUGUCCAUCUUAUCAUAAUUUAACAAUGAGUGAAUGCGCCGCGCUACGUCUUAAUGCAGAAUCUCAAUUGAAUCACUGGUCUGCCAUUAGUACAAACCGACAAGAUUUUCAUGUUCGAACACCAAGGUCGCCGCGGUCAUCAGGUCCGACUACUGAUCAACUAAAAGAACAGCAGAAAGUCCGCCAAGCUCGAGCUCAGAAGUCUGAACGGAAGGAUAUUGACACAUCAGCUCCGGCUGAGCUGGACGAAAACGCCGAAGACAAAUGGAGAGAAAGGGAACCUAACCUUACAGGCCUCACGUCGGAAUACGAUCUGGCUUUAUUCCGGGCAUCCCAGGCUGAAGCCAGCACUAAAUAUGAGGAGGAACUGAAGAGUUUACCAGCGUCUGGUGGGCUUCGCUUUAUUGAAAUGGGAAGAUUCGAGAUGGAAGUUUGGUAUCAGAGUCCCUAUCCCGACGAUUUGGCCCGCCUCCCGAAGCUCUACCUCUGCGAAUUUUGUUUAGUGUACAUGCGUUCGCGUACAAUAUUAAGGAGGCACGCCGCAAAGUGUGUCUGGAGACAUCCACCCGGUGACGAGAUCUAUCGGAAAGAGAAGGUGAGCGUGUGGGAGGUGGACGGUCAGAAACAGAAAACAUACUGCCAGAAUCUAUGUUUACUGGCAAAGUGCUUCCUCGAUACCAAAACCCUGUACUACGAUGUCGAACCUUUUCUAUUCUACGUCAUGACUGUCGCCGACUCGGAAGGUUGUCACAGUGUCGGUUAUUUCAGCAAAGAGAAAAAUUCUUUCCUCAACUAUAAUGUCUCCUGUAUUAUGACUCUGCCCCCUUACCAGCGCCAAGGAUAUGGGCGGCUGCUCAUCGAUUUCAGCUAUUUGCUCACUCGGACAGAGGGCAAAGUGGGUUCUCCAGAAAAGCCACUUUCUGAUUUAGGUCUCAUCUCUUAUAGAUCGUACUGGAAAGAUGUGUUACUAGAACACGUCUGUUCCUACCCGGGUAAAGAGAUCUCCAUCAAGGACCUCAGCCAGGAAAUGGCAAUCAACGCGUACGACAUAGUCAGCACGUUACAGGCACUCGGCAUGAUGAAAUAUUGGAAGGGAAAGCAUAUCGUUUUGAAAAAACGCGAUGUGAUUGAAGAGUAUCAAGAAAGAGCAAAGCGGCGUGGGCCUGAAUGGAGGCACACGGAUGCCAAGUACUUAAGGUGGCGGCCAUUCGUCGUACCGCAAGAACCACCACCCUAAAACAAUUUUUUAUUUAGCCGAAAUUCCGUGUUUAUGUUCGUAAAUUUUUCGCUCUUCCCGUUUAUCUUGCGCCACUGUUCUCUGUUACUCUCCCCUCCCCUCUUGAAAAUAAAAAUGGUCGUUACUCCG